UACUGAUAUAUUUUUUGCACAAUCAGUCGUUAACCGAUUAUGUACUUAGAUAGCCCAAAUCAAAGACAGGAUGCAAAAUAAUUUCCUAGUACAAAUGAACCCAAUGGACGAGAAGCUUUACUUUCAUUUUUUUGCUUCCAGGAGAUUCUACUUUAUCACUUCCAUAUUAUUCUUGACAGUUAAAAAUGGCAAGCACUUAUGUAUAUCAAACUUGAGGCACGAAACCAACCUAGGGUCGACUCUCCUGAUAUGUAGUUUCUCAAAUGAAAGACGGCCAAAUAAGGCUGGUUCACUGUUUUUAUGGCAAGGUUGAGAGUCUUUAGCCAUAGUGUCCUUUCAUAACUUGUUAUUGGAAGCUAGCUGUCUAACAUCUUAGAUUUUGCUUAAUUUCUUUGAACCUUAACAACCAGGUUUGCUAAAAUGUUUUCCUUCAACGUUAGCCAGUUGUACACCGCAAUAAAGCAGAAAGUAAAAUAAGAAGAACGGAAGAUGUAAUUAAGUGCAUAAAAAUGCGCAAGUAGUAAGUAGACACUAAGUAGAUACAUAAAAAAAUCAACGAGUCAACUCGUCAGUGACUUGUAAUAUUAUGAACAGAUUCAAAAUCACUUUACUCAAGAUAAGCUAUUAUGAACGCAGCAUUCUUGGUGUAAAGUUACGAGACCGAAUACCUAACACCACGCUGCGUUCUAAAACUGGCAUUAUAGACGUCGGUAAAAAGGCUGCUCGGCUAAAAUGGGAUUGAGCGGGUCACGUCAGCCGCAUGGACAGCGACCGUUGGGCCAAAGUCACCACACUAUGGGAGCCAGCGGAUGGACGGCUUGGCCGUGGGAGGCCUAGGAAACGGUGGCGAGACGAUCUUAACGCUUACCAAGUGGGCUGGUUCUAUGACGGCCAGAAUAGAGAAUCGUGGAAGGAUUUGGGGGAGACCUUUGCCCAGCAGUGGAACACAGUGGGCCAGAUAAAAAAAGCUAUUAAGUGGCACCUACUAAACAUUAAUUUAAUAAACUGUUGGCACCCCGCAUGGCAUACAAUCCACCACCGCUUUUCGUUUGGAAAUAGAAUCCAGCACCCUUACACCAUAUGUUAUAUUUCAUCAAAUUUUAUUACUAAUGGAAUAACUAGAAGGUAUAAAAAAAUCUAGUGACUUAUCGAAAAUGAUUAUCCAGUAAUUGUUAUCAUGGUUUUAAUUAUUCAUCAUUCUAGAACACCAUCGCUUCCCGGAUCAAGAUACCCAUAAAAUGCAUAUCAUUCACGAUUACAUUGUUUAUAGUAUCAUUGGCUUAAUGACAAUUCAAAAUUUUCUGUAAUCUUUAAUCGAACCUAAGGCAAAAUUUUACCAUCGUCAUGAUUCCAUACAAGUCUGGGUGACCAUAAUCUUAUCAAAUAGCAGAAAAACUUGCUAUAAAAUUUGGGUCUGAGCUUGUAAGCAGCAUUGACAUAUUGGCUUAUCCACUAAGCGUUUCAUUUUUUAUUCAAACAAAACUAUGAGUUUUAAAAACAAAGUUGUAUUGAUCACUGGCGGGAGCUCUGGUAUCGGAGCUGCAACUGCAGAACUGUUUGCUAAAGAAGGUGCUGACAUCGCUAUAGUAGGAAGAAAUGAAGAAAAACUGAAGAACACAUCUGCGAAAUGUGAAGAACUUGGCGCUAAAGUACUCAUCAUCAAAGCAGACGUUGCGGUCGACAGCGAUUUGAAAACAAUUGUUCCAAAAACUAUUGAUAGAUUCAAUAAACUCGACGUACUGGUCAACAAUGCCGGGAUACAAACAGAAGCAACAAUUGCAGACGAGUAUUUAAUGGAAACCUUUGACAAAACAAUAAACACGAAUCUUAGAUCUACUGUCUACUUAACCAACUUGGCUGUUCCGUACCUGAUCAAGACUAAAGGUAAUGUUAUCAACAUAUCCAGCAUUCUGGGAACUUCGACUCUUGGGAAUCCCAAACGGUUGUCCUACUGUGUCUCCAAGGCUGGUAUGGAUCAUUUCACAAGGGCUGCCGCAUUACAGCUGACGUCAUCAGGUGUAAGGGUCAAUACUGUAAGUCCGGGAUCUACGAGAACCGACAUAUUGUCAAAUGCCGGUAUUCCAGCAACGUGGGAGGAAACUGCUAAGAAAUUGAAUGUAGAAAGAGUGUCAGAACCGGAAGAAAUUGGAGACCUUAUAGUAUUUCUGGCAAGUGACAAGGCCAGAAGCAUAACUGGAUCUAACUACUACAUUGACAAUGGUGCACUGUUAAAGAAUUAAAGGAAAGUGUUAUUUGUUAAUUCACCUAUCUCAAAAAUGAUAUUAUGAUUAUGUAUUAUUUGUAAUAAAUAAAUUAUCUAAAAACAA